CGGGAGUUUUAGUUUAUUCAAGGACGUUCAACAUUUACACGCUAAUGACUGUAGGAAACCAGGAUCGUUCCAAUUUUGAUCCAAGGGGCAAAGUUUUUUUAGCACCAAUGGUGCGUGUUUCAACACAUCCUAUGCGUCUUCUGUGCUUAGAAUAUGGAGCGGAUUAUGUUUUCUCUGAGGAGCUAAUUGACCAAAGAAUUAUUCGUUCAUCAAGAAUUAUAAAUCAUGAGUUGAACACGAUUGACUUUAUUCUCCCUGAUGGUUCUAUCACAUUUCGUACAUCAUCUGAAGAAAGGGAUCGUGUUAUUGUCCAAUUGGGGACACCAGAGCCUGGAACAGCUUUACAAGCAGCGAGAAUGUUAGAAAAUGAUGUAAUGGGUAUUGAUGUGAAUAUGGGUUGUCCUAAAGGCUAUUCAAUGAAGGGUGGAAUGGGUGCAGCUUUGCUUACGAAACCGGAGACAGUUAAAGAAAUAUUAACCACUCUGGUUACAAAUCUUUCUAUUCCUGUUACAUGUAAAAUACGCAUACUACCUGAGUUAGAAAAAACAAUUGCUUUAGCUAAACUGAUUGAAUCUACCGGUGUUUCAGCUAUCACUGUACACGGUCGUACAGUACACGAACGACCACAGCAUCGUAAUCGUAAUGAAGUUAUCCAGGCUAUUGCUCAAGCCGUAUCUAUUCCUGUGCUAGCCAAUGGUGGUUCUCGUGAUAUCAUUCGUACACAUGAAGAUAUUGAAUACUUUCGUCAGGAGACUGGUGCAUCCGGAGUUGUGAUAGCUAGAGCUGCCAUGUGGAAUCCGGCUAUAUUCAAAUCGGUCGGAUGUUGUGGUGAUCAGCCGUUGCCAAAACUUGAAGAAGUUAUCAAAAGAUAUUUGACUUUGUCAGUCAAGUAUGAUCAUCAUGUGACCGGUGUAAAACAUUGUGUUCUACAAAUGCUACACGAAUUCGGUGGUACACCGAUUUAUGAGGAUGUUUUAGCUGUUAAUGAACUAAGUGAAUUAUGUGCUAUUUGGAAAAUGAUGGAUGUUUAUGAUCGUGAACUGUCUGUUCGAUCAGAACGUCUAAAGAAGUUGAAGAUGACUAGCACCAACAAUGAUACAACUUCUGACAAUGAAGAAAGUACAACUCAUCUACCGCCUUCAUUUGUCGCUGUGUCUGAUGAAUCCCUGACAUGUCCAGAGAAACGACCACGGAUAGACAACGACGAAGAAUUGAAUACCGCUAAAGUAGACGGUAUUAGUAAUGAGAAUGAAAUAGUCCUAUGUAUCCCGUAUGAACGUAGAUUUUGGCCUGAACACGGGACUAGUCCAAAACAAAUUCUCCUGGAAUAUUGUAAAUCAUUGAAAUGGGAAUCACCUAAAUAUGAAACUAUUGAACAUCGUGAUUCACGGUCAUUCUUCAGUACUGUUUUAGUCGACGGGAAACGUUAUCGAAACACAAGCGCAUGUAAAUCGAAAAGGUACGCUGAACAAGCUGCUGUGUUAGUUUGUCUACAAGUGUUAGGUCUACCGAAUGGAAAGAUCACUACUACUUCAUCGAAUGAGAAUAAAAAUGUUAAACCAACUGUUUCGGUGAGUGAAUGAGUCAGUCAGUGAGUGAGGGAUAAAGCGAGAGAAGAGGAGAAUGAAAACUUGUCUACAAUAGUCUUUCGGCUGUGUAGUUUUAUUGUACAGACAUUGUUUUAUAAAUAAAUAAACAAUUACGAUGAGAG